UUGUCCGUCUCUCGCUGACAGACAUCAGCAGAAGUCGCAGACAGUGAUCGGUUGUUUGGAAACUGCAGUAAACUUCUGUAGGCGCACACUGUAGUUGGACUUCAUUCAGCCCAUUCCCUAAUCACAACUCGCUUUCUUGCAUGAAGACGAAACCACAGGAUAUUAUAUCUGUUGUAGUCGUAUCCACAUAUCUUGGAAACCCGUUAGAUUUGUAGUUGAUCGUUAGGUAGUUGAUCAUGAACGUGGCUAAAAGCGGUUAUCGUGUCUUCUCUGCAAACUCCACUCCUGCAUGCACUGAACUGGCUAAGAAGAUCACUGAGCGUCUUGGAGUUGAGCUGGGAAAGUCUGUUGUUUAUCAGGAAUCAAACAGAGAAACCAGAGUUGAGAUCAAGGAGUCUGUUAGAGGCCAAACAAUCUUUAUCAUUCAAACCAUUCCCAGAGAUGUUAACACAGCUAUUAUGGAGCUGCUGGUUAUGGCCUUUGCACUGAAGACCUCCUGCGCCAAGAAUAUCAUUGGGGUGAUCCCAUACUUCCCUUAUAGUAAACAGUGUAAGAUGAGAAAGAGAGGAUCUAUAGUGUGCAAACUCCUUGCUUCCAUGUUAGCCAAAGCAGGUCUGUCGCACAUAAUUACCAUGGAUCUGCACCAGAAAGAGAUCCAGGGUUUCUUUACAUUCCCUGUGGAUAACCUACGUGCGUCCCCGUUUCUACUGCAGUACAUACAGGAGGAGGUCCCUGAUUACAGAAAUGCAAUCAUUGUAGCCAAGUCCCCAUCUGCUGCCAAAAGGGCUCAGUCGUACGCAGAGCGUUUGCGUCUCGGUCUGGCCGUCAUGCACGGUGAAGCUCAGUGUUCAGAGUCAGACAUGGCAGAUGGGCGUCAUUCUCCUCCCUGCGUCCGCAACAGCACCGGACAUCCCGGCCUAGAGCUGCCAUGCAAACAACAAGCUCCGUUCCCAGGCAUAGAGCUCCCAAUAAUGAUGGCCAAGGAGAAACCUCCCAUCACUGUCGUCGGAGACGUUGGAGGUCGCAUUGCCAUCAUUGUUGAUGACAUCAUAGACGACGUGGAGGACUUUGUGGCCGCAGCUGAGAUUCUGAAAGAGAGAGGAGCCUACAAGAUUUACAUCAUGGCCACUCAUGGGCUCCUGUCUGCAGAUGCUCCACGUCUCAUUGAGGAAUCUGCUAUAGAUGAAGUGGUGGUUACCAACACCGUUCCUCACGAAGUGCAAAAACUGCAGUGUCCCAAGAUCAAAACUGUAGACGUCAGUAUGAUCUUGGCUGAAGCUAUCAGACGCAUUCACAACGGAGAGUCCAUGGCUUAUCUUUUCCGUAACAUCACAGUAGACGACUAAACAACAGAUGUGUGUUAGACACAGAGGUGAGGUGUAGACGCGUGUGAGCUCUGUCAGUCACAGAACAAUAUAACAAUAUACUUCAAUUAUACAAAUAAACCUCUUUUAUUCUUCAAAACUAUCAAUAUAGGCUCAUAUUGACAACUGACAGAAUUGAUGCAGAUGGUUAUAUAAAUGAAAUGAAGAGUUACUGAAACCAGUUUGAAUUUUGUCAUUAUGAAUAAUGUGUGGUUAUACUCCGAUGCAUACAACUUGAUUUGUGCAAAUCUUCAUUUUAUUUCUGUAUGUCUUUUUUGCCUUUUUGUAAAACAUUAAAGAUUACAAUUCCUAAACUGAGUUUGAAACCAUACUUGUAAUACUGAUCGAGUUAGCUGGUGCAGAUAUCUGAAGUAUUAACAGAGUUAAUUUGGCAGAGUUUCCUUCUUCAUUCUUCUCUGGUAAAACAAUAGAGAAGGGUGAAAUCAUCGAUAAAUUACAAAGGCAAUAAAUAUGGCACGUUUAUAUGUAAAAUACAGUAUGCUGUUGAAACCAGGCAGACCAGGAUUGUAGACGGAUGCAGAAAGCAUGCGCAAGCGCUGCACGGGGUCUGUACUGAUUCUUCAUUUGUGUGCUUUGUUUCUGCUGUUGAGUUAUUGGUUCAUGUUGAUGUCUUUUAUCAGCACAGCUACACUGCUGUCGCUCACUAUCACUCAUCUCUGUGUUCAUCAGUCGAAUGUUAAACUGUAGUCACCACAUCGGCCUGGCGGUCCAAAAUAAAUCAACAUUCCCAGGGUUUCAUGUCUCUGUCAGAGCUAGAGUGGUUGCUAUGGCAACCUUAUUUAAGGCCGAUAUACGGUUCUCAGCUCUUAUAGCUACAUAUAUCUUUGCAGUAGUGCAAACCUGAUAUGCGAUCCUUAUGGACGAUUUACGAUUUUGUUAGAAUUUACCUGCUGUUGAUUUGCAAUCGUAUUUUUGUAAAUAAACACAAAUGACUUGCUUUA